GACGAUAGAGCGCAGCACGUGAACAUGAACCAAUGGGCGCGUCGCGUACGGCGUACGCUAGUGCGUGCGUAGACUCGAGAGAUUUUGUUUACUCAUGAAUGAACUCGUCGACCUUUAAACGAGCGCGACGAUUUCGUUCUCGAUAUUGUCGAGAAUCGCUCAAGAUGAGCGUACGCGAGUUUAGCGAUUUGAUGAGAACCGUCCGUGACUCCUCGAUAGCAAAGUACGAUCUGGUCUGACAAACAUAACCUAUUAAUCUCGGGCGUUUUUCACGUUGUCUCACUGCGUCCCGCGUUGAUUCAUAUCUUACGCUUAUUGUCGCGCAUUCCAAACGAACAACUCAUACCGAUAUGUUACGAUACGCGGAGGAGAACAGCGAUUGAGAAUUUUAGCUGAGAAGUAACCAAUCCAUAUCCGAAAUGACUGCGAUCACGUUCCUUUUAUUUAUCUACGGUGUUUACUUUGCGUGCGCUCAAAAAUACGAGGGCUGUUUCCGCAGUUCAGCCUCAGAUCCCGAAUUACCGUCGCCGACUCUGACAUACGCCAGCGUGCCCGCCGAAUGUAUAGAGAAAUGUCGUUCUCAUUAUUAUAUGUUCGCGGCAUUGAUGAACGGACAACUAUGUUACUGCAUCAGCAGAUUUGGUCAGAAUGGUCCUUCGAAUGGUUGUACCGUUCCUUGCACCAACGAUCCUAAUAAUUAUUGCGGCAGUUAUGAAGCUAUGAGCAUUUAUGCUACUGGUCAGCAAGGGCCAAGCCCACCAAGAGGGAUACAAGUAACUAGGGACAACAUAGAUGCUCUAGUAAUAACGUGGCAGCCGCCUGAUAUACCCAAUGGAAAUGUUACGUUUUACACUGUUCGCGCUGUCGCUAUAAAAACGCAUGCUAGUAACGUUUUACCGCCCGUUGAGAGUCAGAUUCAGGGAGGUGCAUCGAACAGCACGAUUUUGAGAGGUCUUCAACCAGGCACCAAAUAUAAUAUAUCUGUUGUUGCCAGUAAUACGCAAGGACUUAGCGAUCCAGCGUACGCCGUUGCAUGGACCUUGAUAGGACCUCCUGAUAAACCAGUUACUCCCGAGAUAUUGGAACGUGGCGAUAGCACUGUAACCGUCAUGCUCACCGAGGCUCACAGUGAAUACGGACCGAUCAGCGCGUACGAAGUAGCCGUAGUACAACCUGGCACUAUACCUCCGUCUGGUCCACACGUUGAGUAUCUAAACUAUGAGAGUGCAUUGAAGCAAGGUUUAAAUUACUAUAUUACUGCGCAAUUCGAUCCGUCGGACUUUCAUAGAUACAAGAGAUUCGUCGUAGGCGACGGUAAGAUGAUUGGAGGAUACUAUAACAUUCCGUUAAAGAAUCACUUUGUAUCCGCACAGGUCGGUCUAGUAGUGAUUUCUCGAAUAGGGACGGAGAUACAACGUUCCUAUUCUGAUCUGGCCAAUAACAUGCUCAAUCGCGAAGCAACAGCGACGAAUCAAAUGGAUUCGACUGCUCUCGCGUUAUGCAUAGCAAUCACGAUCUUGAGUAUACUACUCGGCGCUUCGAUAUUCUUAUACUUUGUAUUGCGACGGCGACACGAAACAUUUAAUAUGCGGAAGCUGCCAGAGCAGCAAGAACUCACGUUGCAAGGCCCGGUAUAUGAGGUUGAUAAUAUGGGUUACAUUCCAGAGGACAUUCCCGAGAGAGUAAAUCAUUAUCAAGAAUUAAAAAAGAAAGUAUGGAGUAUACCGCGAAACGCUCUGUCUGUCGAUAGUUUUGUAGUGCGCAGGGGUCGAUUCGGCACUGUGCAUGCUGGAACUGUUUCGAAGGAUGAUGGAUCCUCAAGUCCGGUCACGAUUCACACCAUAGCCGACGGCGCUCUGAAAGGAUCUGACAAGAGACAUAUGUUGAGAGAGUUAGACGUAUGCAUCCGAGCAGGUUCCAUGAAGUAUCUCGCGGGACUUGUAGGAACCUGCGAAACCUCCGAUACGCUAUAUGUUGUGCUCGAAUCACCACCGCACAUCUUGAAAAAUCGUCUGUUAGGCGCGCGAUCCGGGGAUGCGUUUCCGACAGAUCGAAUACUGUCCAUUUCGACCUCAAUAGCGGUCGCGUUGCAAUAUCUGGCCGAUUAUAAGAUUGUUCAUACUCGUCUUUGCGCACGAAGUGUGGGGCUAACAAAUGACUGGACACCUAAACUUAUUGGUCACGGUAUCGGCAAAUACUCUUUGGAAGAUGUCAAAUAUACCAGAUGGACAGCGAUCGAAUGCUUCGAUCGUCGGAAGGAACAUCAGCCGGGUGUGAUUUGGUCGUUCGGCGUACUUUUGUGGGAGAUACUUAGCAUGGGUGGCACGCCAUAUUCGACAUUAACGCUCGAUAGUGAGGUGGAGGACGCGGUUACGCGAGGUGUACGGUUACCGCAAUUAUUGGACGUUCCGGAUCCGAUUUAUCAAGUCAUGUCGUCUUGCUGGCGAGACGAUCCCCAAGAGCGGCCAACGUUCGAUGAACUUACACGACUGGAUACUCUGACUAUGUGUCCCAUCACCGCAAUCACGGAGCCUUACAUAUCGGAAUUGGAGUUGAAUUAAUUUCGAUUGACAUAUUUUUAUGUACAUUACGUAAUGUAAGUUACAUAUAACAUACAUUACGUAAUUACAUUACAUUAAUAUGCAUCUUAUUAGUGAGUAUAUUUUUAUUUGUUUAAUGAAAUCGAGUUUCAAUUUGUAAAUAUUGUAUUCACAAGAGAAUCUCAUAGGUUUUAUAUCAUCAUAAGUAUAUAUAUAUAUAUGUACGUGUAUAUACACAUACAUAUACAUGUAUACAUAUAUACACACACACACACAUACUAUAGUCGCGCGCGCUCACACACACGCACACACUCAGAAAUCUUUUGCAUAACACAUUUACAUUUUAUCCUUAAUAUAUCUUAAAUUUUAUUAUAUAUAAUUUUAUUAUAUAAAUAUAAUAUGUAAGAGGUAAAUCUUACAAAGUAUUGAUAAAAUUUCCGUCCAUGUCUAGCAUAAAAUAACUGAGAUUAAUAUAUAAUUAGUCAGUAACGAAUAUAAGGUAAAGUUAUAAAAAUUGAUACAAACAUAAAAUAUGCGCAUCAUGUAUUAUUUAAAUAUUAGAAAAUAUAAUUUUAUUUUCACACUUUUUUAUUUUUACAUCUUUUUAAAUAUUUUUAUUUCUUUAUUUCUAUUCGUAGAUAUUAAUCUUAUCCGAAAAAUCUUAUUUUGUUAAUUUUAUUAGAAUCAAAAUUUUUUUUAAUGAUAUAUCUUUGUGAUGUGCAUGAUUAAAUCCAUGCAAUGUAUUUAAGCAAUAAUAUAUUCUCACUUUCUCUUCAAGUACAAAUAUAUUAUUAUUAUCAAAUUAAUAUGCAUCUAUGAGUGUAAAUAUUGUUGAACGAAUUAUCAGCAAAACCAAAAUUGCUCUGAAGCAUAGCUUUGAUCGUAAACUAAGAUAUAUGUGUAAUCUUUCACAAAGAUAUCUUUUACAUCGACAUAUUUAAAUCGAAACAUUUUUUUUAAAGAAUUCUAUCAUGAAUUUUUUAUAUAUCUAUGAGAUUUAUACCAUACAUGAAUUAUACUUUUGUUUAAAUCAUAAUGUAGGUUUCUUAAUUUAUAUGUUUUAAGUUGCCAAUGUUGUUACAAUGUGCAUUUAUAUUUUUUAUUAUACAUUUUAAAACUCUUUUUUAAUAAAAAUAUAUGUAUAUUAUGCAAACAAA